AUGCAUCCAGCCGUGGUCAUCUUCCUCUCGGUCGUGCUUGUCCAGGCCAUCACUGCGUUGGGAAAGCAGAGACUGGAGGACAUCCUCUGGUUUGGAUACAUCUCGAUCUUCCACCGACGCACGCUCUCCACCCAGCGCACCCUCCGUCGCGAAAUCUACACGACCAAACAGCAGCUCUCCGCAACCUCGUCCCAGGACCAAUUCGCCAAAUGGGCCAAACUGCGUCGCAAAGUGGACAAGUCGCUCGCCGACCUCGAACGCACCAACUCCACGCUUGCCUCCUCGCGCACAACGUUCAACAUGCUCCUCAAAGGCUUCUUGUUCGUUCUGACCACCGUGAUGCCGUUCUGCGUGACCAGCUGGUACUCCAAGACGCCAAUCUUCUGGCUGCCUCCGGGCGAGCAUAGCUGGUUUGGGCCCUUGGGGUGGUUCUUGGCGCUGCCGAGAGCGCCGAGGGGCGCUGUGAGCAGUACCGUGUGGCAGAUGGUCUGCUCGAGGUCGCUGAUUGCGCUAGGCGGGGCGCUGGCGAAUUUGGUCCCCGGCAAGAAGGAGGAGGUGGUGAACGAGGCCAAGAUCCAAGAGCUGCACGAGGAGGAGAAAGGUGCACAGGGAGCUUCAGCGCCUGCAUCAGCAUCACCAGCAGCAGCAGCAGCAGCAGCAGCAGCUAGCGGAGACGCACGCAGGCGCACAAACGCAACAGCUUCAUCCGCGUCAGAAAAGCAAUACCUCUAA